AUGACUGACGUAAGUAUUGUCAAAUUUAAUUUAGCUUCGAACCUGCCAUCGAUUAGUUAUUUUAAUGAAGGUAAACUAAUAUCCCUUUUCCAAGACGGGAUGUCGCUACACUUUUGGGCUUACCGCGGACUAGUACGAUUUAACACCGACGCGACUGCUAAAUUAUUUAUUCUUACCCAUAGAGUGGGUGGGUUAGGUUUGAAUUUAGUAGGUGCAAAUGGAGUGAUUAUGAUUGGGUCUAAUUACAACCCGUCUCUGGACACCCAAAGUAUGUACAGGGUGUAUCGAUUCGGGCAGACGAAGAAGUGCUACGUUUAUAGCUUAUUGUUUCAGGCCACCAUGGAAGAAAAAAUCUACCAAAGGUGCGUCGUCAAGUUACACUUGAGUGGAACCGUAGUAGAUAAGUUGCACUUCGUGCGAAGAUACACAUCAAGUGACCUUCGAGAAUUGUACAAAGUCGACUUUAGCGAAUACACUGUAGACCGACCUAUCCCGAUAGUACCAACCGACAAACUAUUGGCACAACUGGUACAAAACACGUACGACAUCUACCGGUACCACCUCCACAAUUCGUUACUAGAAAAUCGUCCGGAAGAAGAACUCACCGACGAAGAUAAAAAAAUGGCCUGGGACGAAUUCAACAACAUGGAGGAGGCGGCGAAGCCACUACCACAAUUCGCACCCCCAGUAGUAGUAAACCCAAUAUUUCAACUACCAAUUUUCCCCGCACAUAUGUCACCUGCGCACAGAGGGCUUAGGGUGUAUUUGCAUCCGAGAACGAACGGUCCAACUCUGGUGCCAAACCCGAUGAACAACAACGCGCGUGGCUUCCUGCCGAGGGUGUUUCUUCCGAACGGGAGGAAGAGGGCCCCUAGGAACAGUUAUCAGUUGUUGAAGCUGUUGAACGAGAUGGCUGAUGACGUGGAAGUGAAGCGGGAGGACGGGGACGAUUUGGUGAAAAUGUUGGAGGAUAAGCUGGGAUGAAGUGGGUGGAGGUGAGUGGUUUGAAAGAGGUUAAUGUUUGUGGUUGCAGAUGGCGCUGGUGACGCUGGAGGUCAGACAGGUGAAAAAUGGAGGACGUGCAAAGCAACCUACUCAAAUAUAGAUAGAAUUGAGAUAACUUACCAUUUUGAGAUUGAAAUAAAGACGAUAUUUUUG